UUUCAUAUAGGUUGUUCAUGUUUUAUAUAGGUUGUUCAUAUUUCGUUUAACGUUCUUAUACAUGUUUCAUUUAGUGUUUCACAUUUCACGUACGCCAUGUACGUUAUGUUUAACGUUUCGUUCUUGUACAACGUUGCUGCGAAAACGUGUCGUGACAUGUAAUAACGAUGAUGAUGCAAUUAUUGAAAAAAGGGGGAAGCAUCCCCUCUCCUAUAAAAAAAAUUCAGAAGCAUAAACGUGUCGAGACAUGUUCAAGGCUACCGAUUAAAUUAUUGGAAAGAGGGGGAACUUCCCCUUCUCCUUCUUAGAAAAUUCCAGUAACAUUAAUCACAAAAACGUCAUGUGCAACGUUGUCGGACCGUGAAAAACGUGUCGUGACAUGUUCGAGUGAUAAUAAAGAAAUUACUGAAAAGAGGGGGACUUCCCCUUCUCCAUUUAAAAAAACAAAUUCAGAACUAUUAAUCGCAAAAAGUCUCACGAUUUGCAAUCAGUCUUGCAUCAGUUGCUCGUGCGAACGGUUCAGACAACGCAACGCUCUUGAAAUAAGCGCAAUGGCACUUUAUUACGUUCCGAUCGAAACGUACAAUAAAUCCACGUCUUCAGAUUCGCGGUAUACACCGCGCAUUCUAAGCAGAAGGUUCCCGUUAACCUUAACAUCAUACAAAUGGAUUGAUAUUGACAUCAGCAUGACAUCAGUUUCAUGCUCCGUGGAGAUAUCGCUCGGCGAUACACGCGGCAACCGGAUUAUUCUACCAUACAGAACAUGGAGAACUCUGAUCGAGAAACGUGUUGACAUCGAGCGAUUUGUCCAGUCAACGGAGACAUCAUCAUCGAUAACGAUACACGACCUUAACGUGCAACUUGUUAAACUGAACGAACAAAGUAUUGUUAAAUUAACGUUGCACGAUGCAUCUCAAGCCUGCAACCGUGCUAUUCUUAUACAAGCUAGAGCAUUGCGUUGA